AUGGACGUAAAGAAGAGUGAGAUUUCCGUCCUAAUAAAAGAGAUGAAGUACGACGAAAUAGUGGAGCACUUGGAGGCAACAAGAGAGCAAAAAACAGUAGCCCUUAUGAAAAUGGACAGAUUUAAAGAGGCCCUGAAGUACUGCUACAACAACACUUUUGAGAAAGCGUACUGUUUUUACAGGAUAGGAAAGUACAAGUGCGCGCUGAAGACAGCAGGAAAGAAGAAGGGGAGUGCAUGGAUUUCUCUUAGAUCGCAGAUAUACUACAAACUCGACAGACAUCUCGACGCGAUCAAGGAAAUUGGAAAAUUAAAAGAGAUAAAAGGCCCUGUGCUUGUCAACUAUGCGGCAAAUGUGGCUCUAGCCAUUGCAGAAAACAAAGCAGAGGCAGAUAGCACGAAAGGAAAAGAAAUGGCAACUGUUUUGGAGAAAAUUAAAAACGAAAAAAUAGACAUUCAGGGAGAAGUGCUGUACAAUCUAGCAUUCUCCUACCUGCCCGAUCGGAGAAAGGUACUUAAUAAGCUCAAAGAGAUAGACACCCCCGACAGAGACCACAGGGAGCUUGUGCAGGCGCAGAUCCACAAUAUCCAAGACAUGCAGAAGGAGAUAUCACCAAGCAUUCUUAACAGAAGCAACAAAGCCAUCCACCGGUACAACACAGAAGCCAUUCAGUCGCCGUGUCUGCUCGAAAGCAUGAAACAGUUCCAGAAGAACACAUACUACCAGAACAAGAUAAAGCAGUACAGCCAGACAAAAGAUGUGCCAGAACUCUGCAACAUCAUCGAUGAUUUGAAGCAAAAUAACACAAAGCCAAUCAUCAGGCUGAUCAGCAGGCUGAACAGGAAGAACGCCCUCCAUCUGAAGAAGGUUCUAAAAGAUGAAAAAAUACUCAGCAAUGGCCUAAACAGGAUAGUUAUAAAGAAGAAGUAA